AGCCACAACAAAAACAACAACAGAACUCAGCUGUUCUGUUCGGCAGCUAGCUACAUAGCUAGCCGGCCUAGCUACCAGCACCGUUAUCCGCGGAUUCGUUUUAACUUUGGAUUUAUAGACGUAGCUUUUAAUGUUUCCAAGCAGCCCAGACGUGACGCAAAUUAAAUGAAGUAAUCGACUUUGUUUCGUAAUUGGCUUUGAUGUUAAACCUCCAUUGUCUCUGCUGGCUUAUAGCAGGAUAGCAUAUUUUAGAACUGAAGACGGGAGGGAGCCUGUAACAGACCCAAAGGUAACGACUCAUGUCUCCACGGUGGCUCUAAAAACGACCACAUAAUUCCAGAUGUAGUCUCAGUAUGGAGGUGAUUAUCGUGUGUUGAUGACAGGACUGUUAGCUUGACAACAGCUGGAAUACACCCGUGUCACAGAGCAGAAAUAUUUAUGGAUAAGCCGGACCACAAGACGAGUCGGUGGCGAUUCUGACCUCCACCCAUGAGUACAAGCGUUCUCUCCUCAUCCGCGAUCAUGUCUCCUCGAAAAAGACCUCUGGUCCCAGUGAGCAGCCGGCGGAAAGUGUCCGACGACUACUUCCCCUUCAACUUCCUGCCGGUUGAGUGCCAGCUUCACAUCUUCUCCUUCCUGAACGAGGUGGACAAGUGCAGCUGCGCUCUGGUCUGCCUCAGCUGGAGCUGCCUUGUCCGCUCGUGGAAGCUGUGGCGGGUUGCCGACUACUCCCGCCGCGGCGUCUUCCACCUCGGUCAGGAAGGGCUGCUUGUGUCAAACCGCGAGUUUGAGCGAUGGAAAUCCUGGGUCCAUCACUACACCCACCACCUCAUCUCCCGGCGGGCCAGCCUGUUGACACUGAAGGCCAGCUUUGACCUGGGCGACCGCUGUAACAAGUGGAGCGAACUGCUCAGCCACCUGCUGGAUAACGUCCACUGCAGAGACCUGAGCCAACUAGACUUGAACUGGACCUUUACGCUCCUCGAGCCAUUAGAUCUCAGGGUCCACUCCAGCUCCGGCUCACACCAAGAUAGCAUCACCAAAAUGGACCAGGUGACCAGAUUUCAGGAGCUACUGAGCAAGCUCACCCAGAGCUGCCCACGCAUCUCCAAGAUGCGUCUGCACUUUGACUGGUCGGAGUUGUCCGUGUCGCUGCUCACCCAGUUCCAGCAGCUCAGAGUCCUGGAGCUUAAAUGCUUCUGGGUCUUCAAGGGCGUGACCCCUUCGACACUGCAGACAUUAACCAAGUCUCUGCCCAACCUCAAGUCCCUCACGUUGCACAUCCUGGUGCCCCUGAGGAACCUCGGCAUCUCCUACACCCUAGAGUCGCCGUCUCUGGAGUUCCUAGAUGUGUCGCCCAACCGAGGCCUGGUGUUCUCCUGCCUGAAGCUGCCGGCGCUGCGCGAGCUCCGGGCCAAGAAGAUCGUCCGUGGCAUCACGUUGGACCGGAGGACCAGGCUGCGGAUCCAGAGCCGCUGGCCCUGCCUGUACCACGUCCUACGGGAGGGGACGCCAAAGCUUCAGGCCUUAAAUAAUGAGAGGUUACUGCCCACGUGGAGAGAGGAAACCUAUGGCGAGUUGUCUGCCAUCCUGAAACAGUCCUGCUACUGCAUUCAGCAUCUCGACAGCUGGCUUUGGUGACCACUCCUUCCAUUCGUCACUUAGAACAUUCCUUUUACACUCCGCAAUUUUCUACUGAUCUUGUUGAACCGAAGACUUAAACUAGUGUCUUAUAGCUGCAGAUGAAACUGACUCCAAUUCUAACAGCAGCUUGGAAACAUUUCCCUCAAGUGUUGUCAAUGUAUCAGUCCACUAUUCUUUUCUUUUAUUUAUGUGGUGCAUCUUCAGAAAGCAGAGAUGCAUUGUGCUGAUUGUACUGCACAGAAAACAUUCAUAACAAUCAUAUACAGACCCAGACCUAUUUGCUUCAAAGGUCCCCAUCUAAGGCCUAAACGAUACAGGAGAAAAAAUGGUGUUAUUAUAUAGUCCUCCAACCAAUCAGAGCCAUUUUGUUGUAAACAAAUUGAACUCCAUGGUGCUCGGAUGACGUGUAUGACUACUGUUACCCACGUAAAGCCUGUAAGGUCUGUGCAGGAUCACAAUCAGUCGUCAGUAGAGAGACUCCAGACCGACUUUUCGCUGCAAAAAUGUUGAUGGUAAAAAAAAAAUUCAAAUCCUGGGACACAAUUUUAAAAUACUUCUAAAGAAAAAAUGUGAUUGUGUUGUUCAAACUGAGCAGUUCACGUUGGAGCGGACAAAUGUCGAUCAACCAAAGUCACUGCAACUUAAAAGGAGAGAAGACGUCUGAGUAGAUGGAGGCAGAAGAAUUAUCUGAGCGAGUUGAAUGAGGAAAUAAAUUUCAGAAAGCUAUUGCGGUCUGCAGCGCCACAAAGUGUUAUUACAUUUCUUGGGAGGUGAAUGUCAGGUUUCCAUUGGAGAGACUCCAGACCAUAAUAAAGGCAAAAUAUUUUGAGAUAAAAUACAAUUAGAUUUAAAAAAAAAAAUGUAAAGAUAUAAAUACAUUUUUUAGACAGCAUUACAUUGUAUUUGUCAAAUACCGUAAAGAAAACGCAUCAAACAAUCCAACUUCUCCUGUCUUAAGCAAAUACUAAAAAACGUACGUUUAAUAUGAUUUAUUCACUCAAUAUUUUGCCUUUAUUCUCUGUAUCAGGUUAACAAACCAAUGUAUCCUUGUGCUCUAAAUCAUACUGUAUUUGUUAUCGGUGUAAAGUCGAGACUUUAACUAAAGAACUGCACAGAUGAGAUGCAGUAAGUCUUAAAAACCAGAACUGAUCACAGACGUUAGAUUUUAUAUAAUUCACGUGAACAAUCAGUGACACAUGAAGAUGUAGAGCAGGACCAAAAAAAUAAGGCUUUUUAAAAGUGCCGAAUGUGCACUUUACACAUUCAGACGGCCUUGUUUUUUUUUUUUUUAAGCUAGUGUCAUUCUGAUCAUCUCAGCCUGCCGGGAAUGUGGAUUCCAGCACUCCACCACUGUUAUUUCCUGUUGUUGUUGUGAUUAAUUGUUGGUGUUGGUGUGAAUGUUGACAGCUAAAUGGUCCCACAUUUACAUUUCUUUUCCUUUGUUGCUGGAAUCUCUGUGUGGCGAGCGAAUGACAGAGUUCAGACCAAUCAAAUCAGAGUGAAUCGUUUUGCAGUUAUCCACCUCAACAGCAGAGGUCCUCCUUCUCAAACAUUUGCCCUUAAAGACUUUCUGGAUCCAUUGGAUGAGCCCUCAGACUAGGUUGUUUGACUUUGAUUCUGUGCUGGCAGCAGCUCUAAGCAAAUGAAUGAUUUCUCUGACCACCUACCUCCUGCUUCCUAAGGAAUCAAUCCUUCCACACUGAUAAGAGGCCCUGGCAUUUAUACAGAUGUUGUAACAUCUGGUUCCCAUUUUCUUUUUUCUUUCCACAUAAUAAAAUGAUUGUGCUUGA